AAUGUCUCUAAAACCAUACUGGCAACAGUACGUAACUCGCAGCAGUUCACACAGCUCUGCUCUUACCUGUCCACCAUAUAUGCGUGCUUGACCGGCCACAUUUCGUUCACGCAGUUGAAGUAGCAAGCAGCAGCUAGGUUCUGUGAGCUCCUCAGCCCGAAGUCUGCCAUGGCUCGGCUCACCCUCCUCUCCGUCUUCUUCUUUCUGCUCAUCUUCCCCGGCCUCGUGGCUGCCGAUCCGUCCGGAGGGAAGAUCGGCAAGAAGGUGACCAUGACCGUCCAGUUCCCGCCUGCCGACUCGCCACCGGGGGAGAUGAUCACGAUCUCAAUGCACUAUGUUCGCGAGGACGGGGUGCACGACAGCCACAUCCAUCUCGACUGCCACGACCACGAACCCCAGCUCGGUUCCGCCGCAAAAUACCUUGUCAGGAGCCUCGAGAAGAUACAAGAUGAGGAGGCGUCUCUAUCCAAGGCCUACAUGAACAUGCCCAGUCAGUGGAUGGACGUCCUCUUUGAAUUGGUCUCAGGGAAAAUUAGGCGCGAUUUACUUUAUUAUCAUAGCAUUGUCUCUGCAAGGAGCUCCUUCGCUCGUGCGAACAAUCACUCGGUCUACUGA